AUGGCCAAGGGUCGGAAAGCUAACACAAAGGCGUCUGGGAAGAGCAAGUCCCCGGAAAAUUUGGAGCUACCUGAGGAAGAGCAAUGGCGCAUCAUCAAUGAGACGGGAAUCCUGAAGAAGUUCCCCGGUCCUCGAGCUUCCGACGUUGGACAUGAAGAGGAGCAGACACCCUUUGCUGACGAGGUGUUCAAUGCAAUGCUGCUCAUCAUACCGAUGUCGUUCCUCCUCUUGCUUAUGGAAAUUCUUGUGCAUUGGCAGUACGGUCGGAGACCCACAUAUGAGGCGUUAUGGGAUCGGAUGUUGCCAGGAGUGCCAAUCCUGAGUUUGUGGAUAUUCUAUACUACACGAUACAAACGGCAUCGCACUCUGCAGUUCAUUUUCUUUCUCAUCUCACUAGCCGUUGGUCCGCGUCUCGUAUGGCUGAUCAACCGUGCAUCUUGGCGUGUGGUCAUGAAGCAGUGUCCACCGUUGGCCACUCUGUGGGUUUACACGAUACUGCAGCUCGACCUUGGCCCAGCUUCUCUAAGCCUUGUAAUUGUGGCGGUUUGGGGAAGGUUUGCAGGCAUGAAGAUUAUACAGUAA